AUGGCCCCAGCGGAAGUGAAAAGGGAAGGUGAUGAUUAUGACAUUCCAAAUGAAGCAGAUGACAUUCGUUUGAUCAAUGAAAGUGGGGCGAAGCCUUAUCAUGGUUGCGAAGCUGGUCCGAGCAAUGAAGAAGCAACCAACAUGAACGUUGAAAAUGGCGGAGCUGAUGUGAAACAAGAAAUGGUUGACGAUGCUCAUCGGAAUGACAUGGUUGGUGAUGUUGAACGUGCUCUUCUGGAACAGAUUUUUGAUUCGGCCGAAGAUGGAGAUGCUUUCUACAAUGCGUAUGCUAAAGCCAAGGGAUUUAGUAUACGAAAAUCCAGAUUUAACACAAAUAAACAGGGAAAGGUUGUUAGUAGGCCGUGGUUGUGUUCAAAGGAAGAUGCUGGUGAAGGGGGAAAGUAUGUUGUGACUCACUUCGUUGCAGAUCACAACCAUGAAUUGGCGGAACAACACUGUGUGAUGUAUUUGAGAUCACAUCGCGGUUUAAACAGCGCUGACAAAGCUCAAGCAAUGGCUAUGCGCAACGUCGGUGUGAAGACUAGCCAAAUCAUGGACUAUAUGGUAAAUCAAUCCGAGUCUUAUGAGAAUGUUGGUUUCAUCCGUACGAAUUUGCACAACCAUAUUCAAGCAGAAUGUAGAGCAGAAGUUGAGGAUGAUUCGAAAUCGCGGGCUAACUACACAAAGUUUGGUGAUGUGUUGAGAUUUGACUCAACUUACAGAACCAAUGCGUACAAGAAACCUUUUGUCAUGUUGGCUGGUGUGACUCUCCACUUCACAACCACGAUAUUUGCAUGUGUUUUGCUAGCUAAUGAGACAAUUGAUACACACACAUGGGUUUUGGAAACAUUUAUGGAGGCGAUGGGCAAUAAAGCACCUGUGUCCGUACUGACAGAUGGGGAUAAGGCGAUGCGAGAGGCAAUCAGAAGAGUAUUUUCAGACACAAGACAUCGAUUAGGUAAUUGGCAUCUUAGGAAAAAUGCUGUUUCAAAUAUUCACAAAAGUGGCUUUGCACAUGCUUUCAAGCAGUGCAUGGACAUGGAAAGGGAUGAGGCAAAGUUUGAAGAUGGCUAG